UUUUCCGGUUCCGCACUUACGCAUCCAAACUUUCAAUUCGCAUUCCUAGUAUUUCCCUUUUAUUUUCCACUCCGCAAUGAUACCAAUCGCAGUCGAACUCAGACGUGCACAGACCACCUAUUUUUUCCUAGAUCAACAACUCGUGCGAACCUAGCCAACCCCUUCCUCAACACGAGAAAAACAACAUCGCGAACCCAUAUAAAAACCUUAUCCUCGCGGUUCCGAAUUGCUCCAAUUGCACCGUCAACGUAUUGCAGAAAAUCAAAUAGCGAAAGAAGAACGGAAAAUAAAAGUAAUGGCAUCAUACCUCCCGCAAUCCGAAGGCUGGCUCCCCUCCUGGCUGCUCUUUACCUCAAUAAUCUCAAUCUUCAACACCGCCCAAUCCUACACCUCCACAACCCUGACAGCACGAGUCUACAACCCUAACCCACCACCUUCCUCUGACCCCAGCAAACCCAGCCCCGCGCUGCAACCCACACAAGUAACCCCGCUAACGGGGCGCCUCUUCGGCACCUGGACGCUGCUCGCCGCGGUGAUUCGGUUAUAUGGCGCGUACUAUAUCAACGAGAAGCCGGUGUACGAGCUCGCCAUGGCGGCGUAUGCGGUUGCGUGGUGUCAUUUCAUGAGCGAGUGGGUUGUGUUUGGGACGACGAGGUGGGGGAUACCGCUUGCGGGGCCGGCGGUGAUUAGCACGGGGACGCUUGUGUGGAUGUGGGUGCAGAGGGGGUUCUAUUUGGGGUUGUAG